GCAAAGUGUGGCGCACGCACGCCAACGCUAGUUUUUAAGUUGUUUCUGCAGUGAUUUGAUCAGUGCUCUCGGUCACUGAUCAGAUUCCAGCGCGCGAUCCAGCACUGCGCGUCCGCACGCGACACUGCACACUGCUGCACAGCUGCACGCUUGCCUGAAAUCGCUGCAUUCAACGCCCAUUAGUGGCCCGCUACGCCACCAGGGAAGUACCUACACUGCUACUGCACGCAUGGACCUCUUCGGCUCAGACGACGACUCCGACGGCGAAGAAGUGCAGCGCCCCGGAGCGUGCGGUGUGCUGCAGUUUCACUCCGGUACAGAGGAUGAAAUGCUGCGCGUCGUCGCGGCGGAAGCACAACGCGGCGACGCGAGCGACACGCUCGCAGUCAUCGAUCGCUUCUGCCGCAUACGCCACUGGAUGAUGCACGUCGGCGACGUGAAGGGGGCGAUCCUUCGUGGCGCAGCAGCACGAGCGGCGCCGGGGCUCUGGGUCGAGCUCGGCGCCUACUGUGGGUAUUCGGCCGUACUGCUUGCGUCGCAGAUGCAGAGCGGAACGCUAGUCUCGCUGGACACGGAAGCUCAUUGCGUCAAAUGGAGCCGACAACUCGUCGAGCACGCGGGGCUCUCGGAAAGAGUCAAAGUGAUGCAGUCGUCGCCGGACGAGACCGCGGCCGAAGCUCUCGCGCGAGAAAUCCCGAGCCCGCGCAUCCAGCUCCUCUUCAUCGACCACGCCAAGGACCGGUAUCUCGCCGACCUCGUGGCGCUCGAGCCCUACUGCGCUGAAGGAUGCGUCGUCGUCGCGGACAACGUGCUCUGCUUCGACGGCGGCGCGAGCCUGAAACCUUAUCUGGAGCACGUGAGAGACACGUCCCGCUACGCGUCGUCGACGCUGCACGAGGCGCCCGUGGAGUACUCGGACGGCGAGCCCGACGGCGUCGAGGUGUCGGUCUUUCGGGGCGUAACCUGAGAG